AACAUGCUCAAAAAAUUUCAUCAAAAAAAUUCCACCUUCCCGAUUCCCAAACGGGCUCGGUCGGCCGGACGGAGUAUCCUGUCAGACUUGCUGGCACUAUAGCUCUUGGCCUACAAUCCAGGAGACGAACGACAAAAAGAAAAUCCAUAGAAGUUAAACACUCCCACAGAAACGUCGGAGAAUAUUUCCAUAUCUUGAAACCCUAAUCCUAUAUCCCUGACGUUUAAUUGAUUAAGGUUUGAUAUAGGGUUAGGGGAUCGGCUUUCAUCAUUCAUCCGGCCACAAAGUGCAGCAAUGACCAUGAAAUUCGCUCGGAGCUGCAUCCAGUCGAUGCUGAAGCUCGUCAACUUUCUGUUAGGGGUUGUUGGGAUCGCCAUGAUCAUGUACGCCAUUUGGAUGUUCAGAGUUUGGCAAAAGCACAUGUCCGGCCCUUCUCCUCUCCCGUAUUUCGGGCCCAAUAGCUCCCCUAUCCCUUGGUUCAUAUAUACUAUUCUUGGUCUUGGCAUCACUGUGUGUUUCAUCUCCUGCUCAGGUCAUAUUGCUGCAGAAACUGUGAAUGGCUGCUGUCUGUAUAUCUACAUGGUGUUUGUCUUUCUACUUUUUGCGUUCGAAGCUGCUGUCACUGUAGAUGUUUUCUUAAACAAAAACUGGGAAGAGGACUUUCCUGAGGAUUCAACCGGCAACUUUGAUGAGAUAAAAAAGUUUGUUAAAGAAAACUUUGACAUGUGCAAAUGGAUUGGCUUGUCAGUGGCUGCAGUGCAGGGACUGAGCAUGUUACUGUCGAUGAUUCUCAAAGCUUUGGGACCGAAUCGUGAGAGAUUCUAUGACAGCGAUGAUGAUUAUAUACCAGAUGGUGUUCCACUUUUGAAAAACUAUGUCCCUCAACCUUCAUGUGUUGUUGGUGACCCUGUCUAUGGAUCCACUAGUGAUCCUUGGAAUAUCCGGAUGAAUGGAAAGGCAAGCAGAUGAGUGGAAAAUGUUGUCUUGACCACAGGAACUAAGGAAGGGGCAAUUAAGUGAGUGAAAGUGAAAGUGUUUGAGAUAAUGGUUAUCUAGCUAUCAACGUGUUGGGUAGGAUUCGUCUAAAUCGGUUAAUGUACAUCUACAUCUGCUAAAUAUAUUUUAUGUGUAAACAUUAUGACAAUCUUGAUUGCAAAUGUUAGCAAUCUGUGUUGUGUAAACAUUUGGUUUAAUCUUUGUUGGCAAUAUUAUGGAUGGUGUUACUCAACUACUCUCUGCAGUCUGCACAUGCCUUUAGUGAGGCAUAGGAGUGGAUAAGGUCCCGGUCCAGGCACUGAUUUUUCGGUUCUGGGCCGAAACCGGAGGCGGGUAUAAGGGGACCGGUGCCGGGCUGCAAUUUUUGGGACCAGGACUGCCGGUUCCGGGUUGAAAUUUUUGGGACCGGAAUGCCGGAACCGGCCGAGAACCAAGUCGUGCCAAUGCGUAGUGAAAUAGAAAAGACAUUUGCUUGGCAGGGAGUUCAUGGUACUUGGUUGAAAACUCAAAGAAAAGUCAAAGAACACCUUAAAGUCGAUAGAUAUUGUUCAGACUUGUACCUAGGCUAGAAUUCAUCACUCUGCCCUUAUAUCUGGAAUAACUUUUGAUUCAGAAGACAUUCUCAUGUAUUGUCCAUGUAAUACUUAAAAUUUGAUAAAAGCUUGCUUGUACACUUCUGAACAAGAAUAGGACUGCGGCCAUUUCAGUUUUACAAAAAAUCAAGCACGUUGACAUUCUUGAACAGGAACAUGCACCGCGUCGGUG